AUGGCGCCUAAGCGGCGGAGCCGCGCUGCGGGUACUUCCAAAAGCUCCAUUUGCAUCACCCCCAGACGUCGAUCCGCCCGUCUUCUUCAGCGCAUGCAGUCUGCGCAACCCCCUGCUGUGGAUUCUGCAGCAGUUAAGACCCCUGAAGCAGCAGAGAAGGAGCAGCACUUUGACUGCAAUGCAGCAGCAGCAGCAUCAGCAGCAUCAGCAGCAUCAGCAGCAUCAGCAGCAACAGCAGCAUCAGCAGCAACAGCAGCAUCAGCGGCAACAGCAGCAUCAGCAGCAAUAGCAGCAGAACCAGCAGCAGCAGCAUCAGCAGCAGGAGAUGUGCCGCACUUGGAGGUAAAUCCCUCUCCAACCGAACUGUCAAGAAAGUCAGGGAAGGAGCAAAGCGAUUUUUCAACAAGCAGAGAUUCGCCUACCAGCACUGCACUUCCCUCACCUCAACGACACAAGGAACUCUUCGUCGUCCUCUUCGAUACGGCUAUAAAUGGAUGA